AUGAGCGGCAGAGGCGGCGGCGGCGGCGGGCGGCCGCAGGUGGACAAGGCGGCGGAUUUCGCGAAUUACUUUUGCACGUACGCGUAUCUGUACCACCAGAAGGACAUGCUGUCGGACCGCGUGCGGAUGAACGCGUAUCGCGACGCGGUCAUGAAGAAUAAGGCGCACUUCGUCGAUAAGGUGGUGCUGGACGUGGGCACGGGCAGCGGCAUUCUCGCCAUCUGGGCGGCGCAGGCGGGCGCGCGGCGCGUGUACGCGGUGGAGGCGACGGACAUGGCGCAGCACGCCACCACGCUGGCGCGCGCCAAUGGCGUGGCGGACCGCGUGACGGUGCUGCAGGAGAGCAUGGAGGACGUUCAGCUGCCCGAGAAAGUGGACGUGAUAAUAAGCGAGUGGAUGGGGUACUUCCUCGUGCGCGAGUCCAUGCUCGACUCCGUCCUCGUCGCUCGCGACCGCUGGCUCAAACCGGGCGGCUCCCUGUUCCCGAGCCAUGCGCGCAUGUGGGUGGCGCCGGUGCACUCGAGCCUGUGGGAGGGGCGCAUGGGCGAGUUCCGCAGCAGCAUGGGCGACUGGCGCAGCUUCGUGCGCGGCACCAGGGAGGACUAUGGCGUUGACAUGGCCGUGCUGGACCAGACCUACGAGGCCGAGCAGCAGAAAUACUUCCUCCAAACAGGGUGUUGGGAGUCGCUGUACCCAUCGCAGGUGUUGGGGCGGCCGGUGAUGAUCCGCGAGAUAGACUGCGCCACCGCCACCGUGGCCGACGUGGAGGAGGUCAAGGCAACCUUCACCACGCGCACCUUCGCUGCUGAUAAACCCGUCAACGCCAUUGGAGGGUGGUUUGACGUGCUGUUCAAGGGGUCAGCCACGGACCCCACGGAGCACGAGGUGCAGCUGACGACAGCGCCCAGUGUGGACGAGGGCACGCACUGGGGGCAGCAGGUCUUCCUGCUCGCACACCCACUGCACGUGCGCGAGGGAGACGAGGUGUCGGGCGCCAUGCACAUCCGGCGGUCGCAGAAGAACCACCGCCUCAUGGACGUGGACCUGCAGCUGCAAUGCCAACACACCGAUGGCUCGCGCUCCCCCUCCACCACCGCCGCUUACUUCAUCGAGUAG